AUGAGUUUCAUUGGAGCUUGCCUUGGGGGUUUAACUGCCAGACUCAUUUACCACCCUUUUGAUACGAGCAGAGUUAAUUUACAACUCAAACACUCAGGGCCAAGAAGUUCUAUAUUUCUUACCCGUGAAAUUUUUCGGGAAAAUGGGCUUUUGUAUCUAUAUAGUGGACUAGGACUUUCAUGUAUCGGUUCAAUUCUAGGUACAGGAGUGUAUAUUAGUUCAUAUAAUGCUAUUUAUAACAAAUUCGAAGACAAAAUUAGCACUAAUUCAAUGAAAUCUGCAUUAAUUGCGGAGUGUUUAGCAAGUCUUAUAUUUGUACCCACGGCUGUUGCUACGGAGAGGGCGCAGGUAAGAAGUUUAGCAAUAAGGAUCGGAAAUUCAUUUAAAAUUCUAGCUAAUAUCGUCAAAACUGGAGAUUUGAAGGCGCUAUUCAAGGGAUAUUGGUUAACACUGGGCGUUUUCGUGCCGUUAUCGAUAAUACAAAUGCCGCUAUAUGAGAAUAUCAAAAAUAUGUUGCAAAAAUUUUAUGAUAACGAAUUGACAAGUAAACUAAUUGCAUCAGCCAUGUCUGGAGGUGUAGCUUGGUGGAUAACAUCGCCACUCGACAUAAUUAGGUUUAGGUUGCAAAUUCAAAAUGCAGAGACAAAUUUUAAUUAUAAAGGAUUGCUUCAUGGGGUGUGUUGUAUACACAGGGGGCAAGGUAUAGCGGGCUUAUUUCGUGGAUCAUUGAAUCGGAGCAUUUUUGGAGCAAUUAACUUCAGCACAGUGAUCUUGAUAUCACAUUUGUAUGAUGCCUACUAG